AUUUUGCUACCAACAAAUUUUUGGAAAGGCAAAGAAGGAAGGGGAUAAGGAAGCAGAGAGAGUAAUAGUUGGUGGAUAGAACAGGAUAAUUAUCUGAAUGGAUCUUGUUCUUCACCACCCUAUAUCACUUCCUUGCUUCUCUCACAAUGUGAAGUCACAAUUGCAAGGAAGGAGAUUGUCCACUGUCUCAUAUGCACUGCCUGAAACUGCAGCUUCAGUGGCAGUUGCUGCAACUCUUGUUGGUGCAGCGGCCACUCUUCUUGUUAGGAGAUCCAAAGCUUCUGAGUCAUCACAGAUUCAAUAUAAAGUAUGCGAAGAUUGUGGAGGUUCUGGUAUAUGUUCAGAAUGCAAUGGUGAAGGAUUCGUGCUUAGGAAACUUUCUGAGGAAAGUGCUGAGAGGGCAAGACUGCAAUCUAAGAAUAUGGCUACUCGAUUCACAGCUGGGCUUCCAAAGAAGUGGAGCUAUUGUACAAAGUGCUCUUCUGCUCGAUCCUGUUCUUCCUGUAGUGGCAGUGGGAAGCUAAGCUACUAGGUUAGCUCUUUUUCCCAGUUCAAAAGCCACAGAGCCUCCGCAUUACAUAUGGUCUUCUUGAAAUCACAAUUCAGAAUGAGAUAACAUAAUGAACUAGAGCUGGUGAGUGAUUAGCAUUCACUUGUUUUACUUUAUCUAUUCUCCAUGAAGCAAAAUUUUAUGUAUAUAUAUUUCAAUGGCAGUGUAUAGUAUGCUUUUGUUGCAUAUGCAGAACUAUAUAGGCUUUGAGUUGAAAUGCACCAUGUUGGGUGUUGAGAGAAUAGAAUUUUAAUCUACUGUCACUAUUUAUGAAGAAGAGUAAUGAUAUUUGCAUAAACUUACACACUCUUCAUAUAUUCCCAUGCAAGUUGUUGGAUAACACCCUGAUCCCAUGUAACUUUUCUUAAUCAUUCAGAUUGUGUACAUUCCCCAC